CGUCGUCGACCGAACCACGAAAAUCCGACCUCACCGACCCGUCGUCCGCGCGGCUCAUCCUCGCGAUCCAUCUCGAUCACCCAGCUAGAGUGUUUCGAAUCCGAGUCGUGGAACGCGAGACGAUCUCCGAUGAAACUUCGCCGACGCGAAGCUUGAACGAAAAUCGACCGAACGCGCUCUCUCCUAUCACUGUGUGCCUGCUUUCAACCUUCGCAACCGGAUUUCCGAUCAUCGCCCCAGUCUGCGGCUCCACGUCGUUUCGCAAUGCUAGGUGAUCGAAGCGCGCCCCUAGGAGCUUCGAAAUAGCCAAAGAUGUCGCAGCCGCCGUCAAAACCCCAUGGAAAACCCGGGCCAGGGGGUGGUUGGCCUGGCAGACCGAACGUGCCUGGCCAGUACCGACCCCCUUCCCCUUUCAGUCCCACGGGCUCACCGCAUCCUCAGCGAGCUCGAGGACCUCCUACCCCGGUUCAUCAUGCUCAUCCUGCGUCACCCUUGACGUAUACUGGAAUGAGGCACCCGAUGAGCCCAGUACCGAUUGGAAUGCAACCUGGAAUGUCGCCCGUCUUUGGAUCACCUACGGGAUAUAUACAGUGCCCUAGGCCCAGGUGGCCGUCACCGAUCCCAGUGGGAACUCAGGCACCCAGGCCCUAUAUACCGACUCAGAGCUCAGUGGAGAGCGACACGAUGUCACCGUCUGCAAGUGGACCAGCGGAAUACAUGAUCGGAACCUAUAGACCCGGAGAUUACGAGUACGUUGGCGUGCCGCUGGACCACUCGCAAGCGGAAGAGGAAUCCAGCGGACCCAGCACCGCGGAAAUAAUAGCCAACCAGAGUCAGGAUUACGUGGACGAGAAACUCGCCGAGUACCAGGCCACGAUACAGCAACUUCAAAACGAACAGGAACGCGUGCAGAAGAAGACCUUCGUCAACUGGAUAAACUCGUACCUCUCGAAGAGAAGUCCACCGCUUCGAGUGGACGACUUGAUAGAAGACCUGAAAGAUGGCACCCGAUUACUCGCAUUGCUCGAAGUUCUGUCGGGCGAGAAGCUGCCGGUGGAGAGGGGCCGUAAUCUGAAGAGACCGCAUUUUCUCAGCAACGCAAACACCGCGCUGCAAUUCUUACAGAGCAAGAAAAUCAAGUUGGUGAACAUAAAUUCGUCCGACUUCGUGGACGGACGACCGCCCGUAGUGUUGGGCCUGAUAUGGACUAUCAUCCUUUACUUCCAGAUCGAGGAGAACACCAGGGCUUUGGAGUAUCUUGGACACACGUGGGGUAGCCAGAGCAGCCUGGAGAGCCUCAACACCCAAGGAUCAGCCACCAGCGAGAGGAAACGCAUCAGCAGUGAGAAAUGGAAGCAGGGUGCGAGGAAGACUCUGCUACAAUGGGUCACCAACGCUCUACCAAAAGACAUAAAGGUACGAGACUUCGGUGAAAGCUGGCGCGACGGUAACGCCUUCCUGGCUAUCAUCGACGCGAUCAAGGCGAAUCUAGUGAACAUCGCGGCCAUGAGAGAAGCAACGAACAGAACCCGUCUAGCCACGGCGUUCCACGUGGCCGAGUCGGAGCUAGGUAUCGCCAGACUCCUUGACCCCGAGGACGUCGACGUUCCCCAGCCCGACGAGAAGUCGAUAAUGACUUACGUGGCACAAUUCUUGCACAAGUACCCGGAACCGAAGUCAGCCGCCUCCGACUCGUUUGCGGCUGUGCAGCAGGAGUACGACGCGCUGCUCAGCUGGCUCUACGAGAAGCUGAAAUACUUGGAGCAGAUGACCACCUCGCCUGGCACUUAUGACGAGUACCUAGCCUUCAAAGCGGAGGCUGAACAACAAAGGAUCAUAUACGACAAGCUGCAGCACCUCGUCGAGACACCUAGCAUGAUCAGCAUCACCAGGGACUCUUGGAAGCACGUACAGAAUUUGUGGAAACUUUCGGAGAUGCUCAUGCUACGCUGGCUCUGGCUCCUAGACUCUCAUCUGCCAGGCGAAUUGGGGGUGGUGGGCAGAUGGCUGUGUCGCGCGGAAGAACUGCUGCUAUGCGACGACAUCCCGGACGAAAUGACGGAGAAAACGGCGAACAUAAUCUCGAACAAGCUGGAAGAGCACAAGAAGUUCUUCCUCGACCUUCCGUCCAUGACGGAGCAGUUCCAGGCGGCCAGAAAUUCCGAGGCCGCGUUGAAAGUACACCCUGAACAACUGAACGAAAUGGCGGCCCGGUUGGACAGUCUGCCGGAUCGCGCCGCCAAAUGUAGAAUCCGACUAAAGUUCCUCGAACACAAGUGCUGCCUUAUCGUUUUCUUGUUCCUAGUCGAGACGAAGCUGAAGGGCUGGGGCGAGAAGUACGGCUCCGAGGAGAGCGUGCAUCAGAUGCUGGAACAAUACAGAAUGUUCGUGUCGCGAAACAGAAUCUUUCACGAAUUCCAGAAAGCGUACCUCGACAUGCAACAAGUCGUCGAGGAAUACAAAUGCGUGGGCAAUAUCGACCCAGAAGAGAACGCGAGUAUCGAUCGUUUCAUGAAAGAGACCAACGACAAGUAAGACCUUCGUUGCGUGCAAAGCAUGCUGGAAGAAGUGGUAGCCUAUUGGCGUCGAUGGAACGUCAUCUCCGACGAGUUCGUGGACUGGCUGAACCGUGCUGAACCUGCCUUGAGCCUCCCCGAGGAGGACAAAAUGGAGUUCUUCCAAGACAUAAGCGUGUGGAAGGACAAACACCAGCAACUGUCCGACACCGUGACAUUCUUGAUCGCCACCUCGAACGAACAAGUCGCCUUGGACUUGAAGCAACGUUACACGAGUCUUACCUCCAGAUGGGAUUCCCUGUUCCAGGAAGCGAAACAGUACAUGCAUAUUGGAGACGUGAUUCGAAACAGAAAGGAUUACAGAGCCGGAGUGGAGACUCUGCAGACCUGGCUGAGAAACGUCGAAGCAGCCUUGUCGGCUACCGACCUGACCACGACUGAGAAGAUCAAGGCUUACGGCCAGAAGCUGCAAGUCUUCCACAACGAGGUGGAAGGGAUCGAAGACCUUUUCAAGAACAUCAGCAAGAAAUUCCAGUCGCUCAUCCAAGACCUGUCCCGCGACGAAGUUGACAAGAUGAUGAACACCCUGAAGAAAGAGAAGGAAGCUCUAGUGAAGGUACGAGCUCUGAUACCCAUGCAACUGCACCUGUACCAUCAACUCCUGGUACAGCAGGAGUCCCUGGAGACUGGACAGCAACAAAUCGCUUUCUGGUUAGACGAGGCGGAGAAGAUGCUGGCUAACGUAGACCUGUCAGCCGGCAGAGAACACAUUUUGGCUCAGUUAGAGCGUCACAAGGGCUUCUUCUUGAGAACUCUCUACUACAAGUCCAUGCUGGAGUCCAAGAACAGAGUGUUCGCCAAUAUAGUGAAGUCUGUAGACAGUCACGCUGACGUGGCCACCGCGGAAGGUGGGAAGACGCUUAGAGAGCUGAACGAACGUUUCAACAAAGUGUUCCAAGUGGCUCAGACCUGGGAGCAACGACUUCAGGAGGCAGCCAGAUGUUGGACCAGGUUCAAAGAGUGCGAGAGACAAGUCUGCGAAUGGCUGUCAGUCGCGGAGACUAUGAUGAACGACAAGCACACCGACAAUAAACGAUCCAUAGAGUACCACAAGAAUUUCUUCAGCAACGUUAGCGAGAAACGGAUUCAAGACUUCGUGAACGCUGGACAGGACUUGAAGAACAUUCUACCUGUCGAGAAGCAAGCUUCCAUCGAGGAGGCUGUGAUAGCGCUUCAGAAACGCUGGAAGGACGUGCUGACGUUUGCUCCUCUUCAUUUAAUGAGACUGGAGUUUCGCCUGGACGAAGCCACGUUCCUGCAAUACAUCAAGGAGAUCGAAGUGGAGGUGAAAUCGGAGCAGCAGGCUCUGAUAAAGAACGACAACGUGGAGAGCAUCCUGCAGCGAAACAAAGAGUUCUUCGUGAACCGUGGCACCGUUCUCGAGGUGGAGAAGUGCUUGCAGAACCUGAAGAAGAUCAGCAACGUUUACAGCCAGAUGGAACCCAACGACGACAGCUUGGCCACAGCUGCGCACCACGCUGAACGCAUGUGGGAGGAUUCCGCCCAGAGAGUGGAACACUUGAGGGAACAAUUGAAGCAAGUGCCUGAGCAGUGGGCUGCCUACAAGAAGAAAUUCGACGAGAUGGUGCAAUGGAUGGACCACGUAGACAGCAAUCUGAGGACUAUACUGCACGAGGUGAACACGUUGGAGGAAUUCGAGACAGAGAAAGCGAUAUUCCAAAAAAUAUGCAGAGAGUCGGACAGCAAGCGCGAGGAAAUGAAAUGGCUAGUCCAGACUCUAGAUAGCCUGACUUCCAACCGAUCGGAUCCCGAGGCUCUAUCAGAGCAGAACCGUCUGGAGCAACUGAUCACGCGUUACAAGAACCUCACUCCGACGAUAGAGAUCACCAUGACGAAGACCGACAUCUACUCCAAGAGUUACACCUACAGGAAAGAGGUCCGCGAAGUGUGCACCCUUCUGCACAAGGUCCGCGAUCAGUCCAAGGUGGACGUGGUGUCCGAAUGUCCAGAGACAUUGCACACCGCGGUUACCCACCAGGAAAGUCGUCUGACUCAGCUGGAGCAGCAGAGACCUAACAUCGUGAGCAUGCUGCAGCGUGGCAAGGAUCUCUUGAAAGACCAGCACACGCCUCCGUUCGUGUCCUUGGAGGUGCAGCAAUUGGAAUCCAGCUGGAACGACACGUACGGACAGAGCGUGGAGACCCUGAAGUCUCUGAAGAGCUCGCAGAAGCUGUGGAGCACUUACUUGGAACAGAAAGAGGAGAUCCUGAAGCUGAUCGAACAAGCCGAGGAAGAAUUGAGGAAAAUCGAGUCUACGACCUAUUACGAAGCUUCGCAAGUAUCGUCUGACCUGCAGAGCAAACAGGACUUCAGCUCCAAUUUGAGAAAAUCCGCCGAAGAGUUGCUGAAGAGGCUUCAAGAGACGUACAGCCAUUUGGCCGACGUGACACCGAAGGAGAAGAAAGAGAUACUGAAGAAGGAGAUCACGCAAACGGAAAAAAGAGUAGAGACCACCCUGAAGACUGUCCAAGAGAAGGUGGUUUAUCUGCAGGAACACAGUACUCGAUGGAACAAAUUCCAGGCGAAAUUGAGCGAACUACAGUUAUGGACCCAGCAGAGUGCUCCACAGUCUAUCGCGGACACGGAGAACUUGGCGACCACCCCUGAAGAGAUGGUCUAUAGAACCGAGACCUUGCAGAAGGACAUUCAAGAGAAGAGCAAGACGCUCAAGUUCCUCGAGGAGGAGUCUCAGAAGCUCGUAAAAGGUGGCGUUGACAGUCUACCAGGCAAGCAGCUACGCAGUGACAUCAUAAAUCUCGAGAAAACCCUGGAAACUCUUCAGAAGAGCAUCGUGGUUCAGCGUCAAACCGCUGCGCAGAACCUGCAGACCUGGAAGGAGUACGAGAAAGGAAUCCAGGAGCUGAAACCUUGGAUCGAGGAGGCUGAGUCGAAGGCAGCUACCAUAGGCAGCAAACCGACCACUCUGGCUCAGGCAACGCACAUGUUAGAGACAGCCAGAGCAUUCGAAACGCGAUGUCAGCAACAGUUCCCACGUAUUCAAGACCUGUCUCUUGUCAGCCAGCGAAUCACAGGUAAAACGUCUGCAUCCGACGAAGUGGACGCUAUUCACACUCGUUGGAACGCUGUCCACGACGUGGCGGUACAGACGACUACGAAAUUGGACAAACUGGUGACCUCAUGGAACAGCUUCGAGUGCGAGAUCAAAGAAUUCAACGAAUGGCUAGAGAAAUCCGAGAGAACGGUGCUGAUGGAGCCCAACGUCGAGACACCCGAGGUACCCGUGCUGGAGAAAGAGCUGACCAGACUGAAGGACUUGAACAAGACCAUAUCGGAUCAUCAGGCACAGCUGAUAUCGCUGACGCAGGUGUCUGAUCACAUCAGUCACGGAUUGUCCUUGGAAGGAGCGACCAACUUGAAAGCUCGAGUCUCCGAUAUUAAAUCCAGAGUCAGCAAGCUGGCUGACACGGUGAGACUGCAGAUCAAUCGUGUUUCCGACUGCCUGCUGGCACGCCAGGAGUUCCAGAUGAAGAUCACCGAUCUCGAGAACUGGAUGUCACGACUCAGGUCGAAUAUCGCUGAGAUCAGCGAUGCUACCAUCGAUACAGUCGACACGAAUCUUCAGGCUGUACACGCGUAUAUACAGGAACACUCUGAGAAGCAGCCUAAUUUGGAAGCUAUCUGCGAGGAGGUUAAGCAGAUGUGCCCGAAGAAGUCUAUGAAGGCAACGGUUGCUUUGGUGGACACUUAUACCAACUUGGAGAAGAAGUACAAGGCCUUGGAGAGCGACCUGCAUCAGAAGAAGAAGGGAUUGGAGAAAUGGAUAGAGCUACUGAGUUGGUUAGCUGACGCGAACGCGCAACUGAACCACUGCAAGUACGAGGCAGAGGCUAGGAAACCAACCAUCACUGAUCUGGAGAGAUUCUCGUCCGAGUUGCAGACUAUAUACGAGAAGAUAGACAGCUGGAAGCAGCACGUUCUUCCUGACAGCGACGCAGGGAUUCAAGUGAGAGACAAGCAAGGGAAGCUCCUCUCAGCGUCGGAUCUGCUGAACGACCUGGAGAACAAGGCUCUGUCUCUGCAGAACGAGAUAUCCGUGAAACGAGACAAGCUGGAGAACCUUGGUGCCAGAUGGAACAACUUCAGAACGCUGCAGCAAACGAUCACGGAGAAGAUAUUGAACACCCAAACAGCUCUUCAAGAGACGGUUUACAACGUCGACUCCUGCCAACAGCUGGCACCUGCUGUGGAGAAGAUCGAUCAGCUGAUCGAGGAACACCAGAAGAGAGAGCAGGAGAAAGAGGUCCUGCACUUUGAAGGCAGCUCGUUGAUGAAAGAAGACCAGAGAUCGACGACCAACAUCCAGGUUGUCCUGUCCUCUGUCGACGCUAACUGGGAGAAGGUGAAUGAACUUCUUCGAGAACAGAGGAAGAAAUACGCAGACAUGAAUACCGAUUGGCAAGUCUACGAGGAAGCUAGAGAGAAGUUGAAGAAGUCCGUCAAGGAAGCCACCAGUCUGUGUCAGUCGGUCAAAGGAGUGUCCUAUGACGUUACUCAAGCUAACAUAACUUUGGAGAAACACAAGAAAGCUCUAGAGGUGCUGAAGAAAGGCAAGCACCACUUGGACAAAAUGGAUUCCAAAGCGCAGCAGCUGACAAAGGAAGCAUCCCUGAUGCCAAGAUUCAAUUCCGAGCUAAUCGAGAACGACCUAACCGAAGUUCGACAGCAGUACCAGGACACCUACAACGACAUCAGCGAAAAGCUGCAAGCCUACGAGACUCAAGUGAUCAUAUGGAAACAGAUAGAAGAGUCCAAGUCUGAACUGAUUAAAUGGCUCACCAAUACCAACGAGACUCUGACCAAUGCAUUCGAACGUCUAAUGGACGCUGAGAACUGUCAAGGAAGACUGGUGAGGUACAGAGAGGAGCUUCCUGGCUAUCAGCAGCUGUAUCAGAACAUCGUCACGAAAAUCGAGCAACUGGUGAAACUGAACAACAAUACAGAUAUCCCUACCUUGAAUUCCCUGCACAAGUUAUUGGACGACCAGUUCAAGAUGGUCAAGAGUUCGGCUGAUAAGCUGGAGUCUCUGACGUCUACGUUGAACGAGAAAGAAAGGACGAUCAGGCAAGAAAUGAAGAAAUGCGGGGACUUAAUCUCGAAGAUCAGAGAAGACAUCAUCAAAUGCGACGAUCUGACUGGCGAAAACACCAAGAUCCUUGGACGAAUCAACAAAUGUCAAGAACUGAAGACAGAACUGGAGCAAUGCGAUUAUACUCUAUCCAAAGUCGAAGAGACAUUGACGAAAAUGUCCACGGAGUAUCCCAGUAUCUCCAGGUCUAGCUUGCCGAAGGAACUGCAGGCUCUGCAGCUUCGACGAGACGGCGUGGCCAAUCACGCUAACAAAGUGAUAGCGACUUUGGUAGCCUUCUUGACCAAGCAGUACCACGAGAAGUUCGGAGCACUUCAGCGAAUGGUGGUGACGCUUAAGGAAAAGGUGGCUUGGUGCGAACCUGAACAGAGCAGCGACCGUUACAAUCUAGAGGUGAAGAUGGCGUCACUGAUGGACGUGGAGGCUGGAAUCGCCGAUUGCACUGCUAGGAAGAAGGAUACAGACAAUUCGCUGAAGCUCUUGGCGUCGGUGGAAAGCGCGGAGACAAUGGCUGGCCUAAAAGCAGAGCGGGACAAGGUCGAAGUGGACCUGGAUGGCCUGAAAAGCAGCUAUGAGAAAAUCAAGAACGAUCUACAACGAAAUAUCGGCCUAUGGCAGCGUUACGAGCUUACCUCCGAGAACGUCCUAUCCUGGCUGAAGGAAAAUGAGAACAAAAUUAGAGCAGAGGCGUCUGCGUUGCUGAAUUUGGACGACAUCGAGCAGAAAAUCGCGGAGAUGGAGCAGGUGCAGAAAACGGUGAUGGAGUAUCAAGGAGAACUGAAAGAGCUGACUGCUUUAGCAGAGGACAUCACCAGAGUUAGCUCCGAAUCCCGAGUGAACCAAUACAUCAGUCAUCUCAACACUCGCUACGAUUACGUGCUGAAGUUCCUGGCUCAACACCUGGACAGAAUUCGAGAACUGAAGGAGAACAGAGACCAGUACCUAGCGAAUAAGAAGAAGCUGGAGGCUUGGCUCGAGGAGGCUGAGAAAACUCUGAAAGCCUUCGACGAAAUCACCGGUCCAAAGCCGAUAACCUUCUACCAGUCGCGUCUGAAGGAACUCAAGGCGUUCGCGGAGGAACGCGAAGUUGGACAGGCUAUACUGACCAGAACAGCCGAGGCCGGCGAAGCUUUGUUCGCUAGAAUCACGCCAGACCAGAGGGAAAUGAUUCGAACGGAGCUGAGGAACUUCCGCAAUCGCGUGGACGCCAUGGCAGACCGUGCAAACGUAAUUUAUAAAAAGAUAGAGAGCGACAUGAUGCACAGGUCUUCCUUCGAAGACAAAUUCUCCCAGGUGAAGCAGUGGUUGGUGGACGCUCAGAACAAGCUAGGGGAGAAACAGGAAUUGCUACCGACGUUGCAGGAGAAGAAACUGACUCUGCACCUGUACAAAGCUGUAGCCCAGGAUGUCACCGUUCACAAGAACAUCCUUCAGCAGCUGCAGGAGAGACUAAGCUCAGCACCGGACGACGAAGCCAGCGAGAUGUUGGGCAGCGUGAUCGAAGCUUAUGAGAAACUGUCCAACGAAGUGGAGGGACGAAUCAAUAUAGCCGAGAAGCAUGUCUCCAAUCACGAGGCCUAUCUGCAGACGUUCGAGAAGACCCGAGACUGGAUCAACACGGUGAUCAACGAAGGAACGCCGAUAAUCGAAGACUUCUCUGUGGAACGAGACACAGCUCAGAAUAAGAUUACAGCCAUCGAGAACCUGCUGCAGCAGAAAGCGGAAGGGAAUCGAAUCCUGUCUGACUGUAACCAGCAGUUGAACAUCGUCCUCGAGCAGACCUCUCUGCCAGGCCACCCAGCCUUGCUGUCGAACUUCGAACAGCAAAAGAAGAUCUGGGAAGACUUCCUGAAGCGAUGCGUCACGGCUAGGGACAAGAUAAAACACCUGUUCAACCAAUGGUCCGAGUUCGAGAAGAUCGUGGAAGGAUUGGAGGUAUGGAUCAAGCAGAUGGAGACCCAACUGAAGGACCAAAGCCUGAAGAGCACGGAAGAGGCGAAGAGAGCACACCUGCAGAAGCUAAAGUCCUUGGAGGAAACUAUCAUCGCGAAAGGAGCUGACUUCAACGCUGCUAUCGAGAGAAGUCAGAGCAUCGAGGCUGAGACAGACCUGGCCACCAGGGUUUCCAGGCAGACUACCAAGUACCAGGCUAUCAAGAACCAGAUAAAGGAAGCAGUGAUGAGAUACGAACAGUUCGUGAAGGAACACAACGCCUUCAAUGUGAAGUACAACCAACUGCUGCAGUGGAUCACGGCUAUUCAAGCAGAACUGAAGAAGCACAGCGAUAUAGUAGGUGACUUGUUCGUGCUGCAAAGCAGACAGAAGCUCAUCCGUGACCUGGGGGACACUAGAACGAAGGAGAACGCCAGGUUCGAGUCUGUCAUAGAUCUCGGAGAGAAACUAUACGGCCACACGUCUCCCGAUGGCAGGGAAAUCAUCAGACAGCAAUUGAGAAACCUGAGAACCCUGUGGGACGGAUUUACCGAGGACCUGCAGAACACUACGCAGAAGUUGGACCAAUGUCUGAUGCAGUUCGCCAAAUUCUCCUUGUCCCACGAGCAGCUGAUAGCCUGGCUGCGAGAUGUGGAACGUGCUAUGUUCCAGCACACCGAGCUGAAGAGCACCUUGGAAGAGAAACGAGCACAGCUGCAGAAUCUCAAGAUCAUGCACCAAGAAAUCAUGUCUCACCAAACCUUGGUAGAGUCCGUGUGCGACACUGCUCAGCAGCUGGUGGAUCAGACCAAGGAUACCUGCCUGAACGUCUUCUUGCCCUCUAUCAAGCAAUUAUUCCACAACAUCGUGGCAAAAUCGAAGAAUCUGUUGGAAAAUCUGGAGGACUGCGUAGAGAAGCAUCACAAGUUCAACUUGCUGGCGAAGAGCUUCUCUGACUGGUUGAACAGCGAGAAAGACAAGCUCGCAGAGUGCAACGACGUGACUGGAGAACGAACAGAUAUUUCUAAGAGACUCGCGACGCUGGCAAUGUUGAAGGACGACCAAAUGCAGGGGGCAGAGCAGCUAAGAGAAUUGAAGGAACUCAGCGAAAGUGUCAUCAAGAGAACCACGCCUAAAGGAUGGGACGCCAUUGACAAGGAGAUCAGUGACCUGGAAGGCAACCUCCGUCAAUACCUAGGCGAAAUAGAGUCAGUGGAGGAGAAGCAAAAGACAGCUCUGCAGAAGUGGCAAGACUUCGAGGACAAGCUGGAAGCGCACACGAAGUGGUUCAGCACGAUGGAAGCUGCUUUCAGAGACCAACAACUGCAGCCCACCUUGCAGGACAAGGAAGCUCGCUUGCAAGCUCUGAGGGAGAAACGUGACGCUAUACUGAAGGAAGAAUCCAAGAUAGACGAGUUCGUUGACAAGUCUCACAGUCUGCUUCACGCGAGCGGUGUGGAGCGCAUCAAGCCCAUGAUCUCGCAGAUUAGCAACAGGUACCAGCAAUUACACGUGCUCAGCAAAGAGGUGGUGACCAGGUGCCAGAGUAUCGUGGACGACCACCAGGCCUACGAAGAGAAGCUGAAAGUCGUAGACACCUGGCUGACUCAAUUGGAGGAAAGCUUAGCCGGUCUGAAGAAGGACGACACGGGUGAAAACCUCGAGGAGAAGGUGUCGCGCUUACAGAUCCUGCUGGCUAAGAAGGAGCAAGGAGAACAUCGAUUGGGAAGCCUGAUAUCGUUCGGGGAGAGGAUCCUUGGCGACACGUCGGCUCAGGGAAGGGAGAUCAUUCGUCACGAGCUGAGACAGGCUCGAGAACGAUGGGACAAGCUGGUAGAAGGGAUAGCCGAACAGCAGAAGAAGCAAGAUGCCCAGUCCUUGCAGUGGUCCAACUACCAGGAGACCUUACAGCAAAUCUUAGCCUGGUUAGACACUAUGGAAAGAUCCGUGAAGCAGGACUCGACGAUCACGUGGUCUUCGCUUCAAGAAAUUAAAUUCAAGCUGCUGAAGAGCAAGGGUGUGCACCAAGAGAUUCUGGCCUAUAAACGCAUCAUCGAAGGAGUCUCUGAGAAAGCAAACGCGUUGAGAGUUCAAGCACCGUCAGAUGCACAACAGAAAGCUGCAUCCGUCUCUAAAAGAUACGAAGAGCUGGUGGACAUGUCACAGAAGAAUAUAACCAACCUGGAGACCCUCCUAGAUACGUUCCAGCAGUUCUACGAUCUCCAGAAGUCCUAUCAGGACUAUCAGAAGCAACGUUGGGAGCAACUGGCUAACUACAGUGACUGCACGGACAACAAGGCUGCUCUUCAGGCUCAGUUGACCAAGAUCUUGGAACUUCAGGAUAGUCAGAGGGAGGGAGAACUGAAACUGGACAUCCUAGCUGAACACGUAGCUCAGAGCGCGCAUAAUCUGUCACCUAGGUCGCUAGAGACCAUGGAAAGGGACCUGGCCACGUUAAGAUUCGAGCACAAAACAUUCGCCACCGGUGUGAACGACAUCGUUCGAUGCAUCGAGGAAAGGAUCCAGCAAUGGAGCGAGUACGAGAACUCCCUGGAACGUCUGUUAGCCUGGCUGGCUGAGGCAGAGUCGUCCUUGAAGAACUACUCGCUGAAGAACACUCUGGAAGAGAAGCAAGAGCAGCUGGAGAAGUACCAGGCACUACAAAAAACCGCCUUGUCGUGGGACACGGAAGUGACGGAACUGGUGGCCCUCGGAGACCACCUGGACCAAAUGUUGAUCGUGAAUCUGCGACAGAACGAGGCAGAAUUCGACAAGAUGAGCGACGAGUCCUCAGACCUGGUGCAACUCAGCGAGGAAACCAGAUUCUCGCCCAGCGUUCAGCAGAUCACCUCUCGUUUCCAAUCUAUUCAGGCUACAGCCAAGGAAUUGGUGAAGAAAUGCGAGCAAGCAGUGGCAGACCACGCUGCGUACCUGGAACGCUACAAACAGUGCUCGGAAUGGCUGGCAAACACACGGGCCACUUACCAAGCCAUCAAAGAGAACCUGAGUGGCACGCGACAGGAGCUGACUGCGAACGUGGCGACCCUGAAAGACCUGGUGGCUCGCCAGUCCUCGGCAACCCUCUUGAUAAACAACACCGUCGAAUCCGGAGAACGUCUGUACUCUACUACAGGCAUAGAAGGUAGAGAGAUCGUGCGCCAACAGUUGCUAGACCUGCAACAGGCCUUCGAGGAAAUCUACGACAGCAUCGCGUCGACAGAGCGAGAGUUGCAGUCGAAGAUUUCACGGUGGUCCGGUUUCGACGAGUCCAACGAGUCGUUCGAGAAGUGGCUGACGACCAUCGAAGCUCAGCUGAAACCGGAAAUCGAACUGAAGACCACGCUAGACGAGAAACGAGCCCAGUUACAGAUCUAUCGCACUUUCUUACACGACAUCCAGUCCCAUCAGCAAGAUUUACUCGAUCUUCGCGACAAGGCUGACAACCUGCCAGAUUCCACGGACAAGGUGCACCAGACGCUGAAAAAACUGAACGAAAGACACGGCAAAGUGUUGAAACGAGCUGCUGCAUUCGUGGAGAGGUACGAAGGCAUCGUGAGUGACCACCAGCGGUACAGCAAGGCUGUUCUGGACACUCACGAGUGGCUAGACGCGACGCAUAACGCGGUUAUGCUCUGGGGUGACACGGAGCUAGAGCGAGUCUCUCUUCACAUCAACCUGGACAGGCUGAAGAACCUAUUGCAGAGUCUGCCUGAGGACAAACCGAGGGAGAAGGUUAUUCCGGGCACCUUGGAGUCUGGACAGAUCAACAUUCGUUCGCAGAUCGAUUCCUCUCAGCAGGAGUGGGAGAGCUUAGUCACGGCGGUGAAGUCUACCAUAGAGACCCUGGAGAACAAGCUUCAACAGUGGAACGAGUUCGAGACGUCCAAGGAACGGUGUCUGGCCUGGAUGAGGGAGACCGAUACCAAGCUUCACGCGGUGAACUUGAAGGCUACCCUGCAGCAGAAGGAGGACCAACUGGAGGUGCUGCGAACCCUCCAAGGGCAAGUUCGUGCGAAGGAACUGGAGAUAGACGUUGUCACCGAGAAGGCUCAGCAGCUGCACAAGAACAUAACCUCCCGUACCACGCACAUGUCCGAACUGAGCAUCAAGUACCAGCAAAUAUCGAACAAAGUCAAGGAUCUGAAUAGUCGUUGGCAUCAAUACGUGACCACUCAUCAGGAGUUCGAUAACCAAGUGGCAGAGUGUACUAGAUGGCUAGAUGACAUCAGCAAGAAGCUGGCCUAUUGUUCCGAUCUCGGUGCAUCCUCUCAGAAGGACUUGGAGAACAAAAUGGAGAGAGUGCAAGAUCUACUGUUGUACAAGGAGGAUGGAUUCGCGAAGGUUCAAGGGAUCGUGGAGCUGGCCCAAGGUGUUCUAGCGAAUACAGCCCCGACAGGACACAAAGCCAUCAACGACGCUGUUGGAAAGCUUCAGGAACAAUGGAGCGCGUUGGCUUCCAAGAUGCUAGAGGCCAAGACGAACCUGGAUGACUCUAUUAACAAAUGGGCAGACCUCCUGGAGCAGAUACAGUCGAUGAACAAGACCGUGGACUAUAUACAGUCUGCCUUGAACGAGUUCAUGCCCUUCCAGACUACGAUGUCCGAGAAGAGGUGUCAGUUGGAGCGUAUCAAGGCUCUGGAAGAGAAGGUUCGCUGCGAGAACAUCGAAGUCGACAGUCUGAAGAUCAAGGUCGACGAGAUGAUCGCCAGUGGGCCUCAGAGUCUAGCUGCAUCCCAGGCGCAGAGUAUUCUGAACAAAUUCGACACGUUGUUCGAGAAGAUCAAGUCAUUGCUAGCUGCGCGCGAGGAACAGUACAAGGAUCACAGGUUGUACAAGGAGGCACACGACGACAUUAUCAACUGGUUGAAUCGAGCUCGUGAGAAGAUCCCGUCGAUGAAACAGAGACCUCUAAGCGACAAGUUGGCCAUCGAGAACGCUGUGGCUCCGCUGGAGAGCCUGCUGAUUCAGCACACUGGAAAGGUGGUUUGCGCUAGCACGAGUCCGCAGGGCCAGGAAAUUAUAAAGAACGAGGUGAAAGCUUUGACUCAGAGCUUCGAGGAGCUGUUCAAAGAAAUAAAGCAGCAGAAGGAUCAGUUGGAGCAAACCGUCAGCCAGUGGCGCGAUUACAAGGACGAGUACGAGAGACUGAGCGAUUGGCUGCAGCAAUUCGACAUCCUGAUAAAGGCACAGAAGAAUUCUCUAUUACCGAACGUGGCUGAGAAAGAGAAGCAGGUACAAGAAAUGAAAGAGAUUCUGGAGAAUCUGCUGAAAGGACAGGAACAGAUCGAUAGGUUCAACAAGACCGCGUCCAGCCUUCUCUCUUCUCAUCUAGACACCUACAUAAACAAUCAGCUUCGUCACCUAAACUGCCGUUACCAGGUGCAAGUGAACCUCGCCAAGGAUGUCCUGAACAAGGUCGAAACUAAUCUGGCUCAGCACAAAGAGUACGAGGCUAACCUGGCCAAAACGCGUGCUUGGAUCGAGAAUGCCAGGCAGAUCAUUCGCAAGGGUACAGAAGCAGCAUCCACGAGCAGUCGAGAGGAGCUGCAGAACAGACUGGACAACAUCCAGGAAUUACUGAGGAAACGAGAGGAGGGUCAGAACCUGGUGCACCUGACGGUGAACUGCGGCGAGAAAGUGAUGAGGAACACCCGGUCAGACGGUCGCGAGGAGAUCAAUGCUCAGUUGAAGGAGAUCCAGAACGACUGGGAGAGGCUAGUGAAGAAGAUCUCGACGACCAAAGUUCAUUUAGAGACCAGUCUGCUUCAGUGGGCGGAUUACAGCUCGUCGUACCUACAGCUGCAACAGUGGAUCAACGACAGAGAGGCUAAGUUGCAGCAGGUCUGCGAACAGAAGGUGUCUAAAGCUAGAAAAGGCCUGGCUGGUUUGAGCUCCUUAGCUAUCGGCGAACGGAAAGCGAAUCUGAGACAGACGAACAGCAUAGUCCAGGAUAUCGUAGCGUUCGAACCGAUGAUCCAGUCGGUUACCACCAAGGCUGAGGACCUCCGUCAGGCCACGCCAGCCACGGAAAUCUCGAUCAAGUACGAAACGCUGAGCAAACAGGCUCAAGAAUUGUACGCGAAGCAGAAGGAAACCGUAGAGCAGCAUCAGGCGUUCAUAGACAGCGGGAAUGAGUUCAUCCAAUGGAUAAGAGCGGCGAAAGAGAGACUUGGCAAAUGCUCUGAGCCUACUGGAGACAAGGAGUCGUUGGCGAAUAAGAUCACGCAGUUGAAGGUGCUGCAAAGCGAGCUGUCAGAGGGUCAGAAGAAGUUGCAGCACGCUUUGGAGCAGGGUAACGCGGCGUGCCAAAUCGCGGAUGAAGAGGAUAAGGAGAUAAUCGAAGAGGAAGUGGCGUUGUUGCAGGAAGAGUACGAUAGCUAUGUGGACUCACUGAACAAUACCAAGAGCUUACUGGAGAUAGGCAUAGUAAGAUGGACAGAGUACGAGGACCAAUUUUCGGAAGCCACCGAGUGGCUCACACAGACUGAGCAACUGGUGCAAUCGUUCAACAAGCUGCAGGAUAGCUUGGAGGAGAAGAAGAACGUGCUGGAACAAUUCCAGAUCCACCUGCAGACGUUGUUCGACUGGCAGAAAGAGCUCGAUCGGUUGAACAUGAAGGCCCAGACGUUGCUGGAGACCUGUGCAGACACUAGGAUCUCCAACGCCAUUACCCAACUGACGACCAAGUACAACGCGCUUCUCUCCUUGGCCAAGGAAAUAAUGAGACGCCUGGAACUGCAUUAUCAGGAACAUCAACAGCACAACACGCUGUACCAAGAGUGUCAAGACUGGAUAGAACGAACACGCGACAAACUGGGCGAAUGCAAGGAGAUUCCGAGCACGUUAGCCGAGGUGAACAACAAACUGCACACCUGCAAAGUCAUCAGACAGACGUUGGAACAGGGUCAGAACAAGCUGCGUUAUGCCCUGGAACUGAAGGAGAAGGUGAUCAUGAACACUGAACAAAAUGGCGCCGCGAAGAUUCAGGAAGACACGGAGAAUUUGAAGACGGAAUUCGAGAAGCUGCUGGUCAACGUUGAGGACAUAAGACAGAAGCUUUCGGCGAGGGCCAGCGCGUUGGAGGAGCUCAACAAGAUUCAUCGUCUCACUACUGACUGGAUCGAGGAGAUCGAGGGCAAGAUCCAGCCUGGGGAAAUGUACAAGAAUGACCUGAACGAGAAACGCGCGAUGUUAGAAAAGUACAAAAGGGUUCAGAGAAACAUCCAAGGUCACGGCGAGACCGUAGAUAGACUGAAGGCUCGCUUGGCAGAAGACUCCAGCAUACCUGCUGCCCCCUACCAAUCCACCAUCGCGAAGUACGACGAAUUGGCUACGCUGUUCGCAGACAAAAUCUCGAAUUUGGAAGUCCAGGUGAACGACCACAAGAAGUUCCAGCAGGCCUACACCGAAGCGUCCGACUGGGUACGUAACACGAAGCUAGAACUGCAACAGAACUGUGACACCCACGGUGAGAAGGAAAGGAUCAUCGAACAGGAGAACAAGGUGAAUCAGAUCAUCGCUUCCCUUCCCAAAGGGGAGACCUUGAUCUCGAAGGUGAUCCAGCUCAGCGACCGUGUGAUCGCCAGCACGGGUCCGGAAGGGCAGGAAACGAUCAAGCAAGACGUGAAGCAGCUGCAGACGAACUGGAAGUCCUUGCAAACGCAAUGUCACGACACCCAGAAGACACUUGCCGACUGUAUAUCCAGGUGGUCUCAGUUUACAGCCGCGUUGGACAGCAUGAAGAGGUGGCUGGAUUACUACCAGAAGAAGAUGAGCGAGGAUCAGUCGGUGGAGCACAAGUCACCCGAAGACCUAAUCCGAUGGAAGAGCCUCGUGGAGGAAUCCAUUCAACCUGACCUGGAUGAUCUGAACAACAAGUGCGAGGCGCUAUUGGAGAUGAGCGCGUGCAGUUGGGCCCGUGACAAGACCGUGCAACUACAGUCAGCUUAUACGUCUCUGCUGACGGAUAUUCAAAACCUGAUUUCCAAAAUGGAGAAGAGUUUAUCUAACCAUGCGGACUAUCUGAAGGCGAAGAAGGAAAUGGAGGAUUGGUUACGCAUCGCUCGAGGAUCGGUGCAAGACUGCAUGGGAGUUGGUGAUGCCGAGUGGGUGAAGGAUAAGUUGGAAACCAUCAAGAUCGUCGCCACGAGGAUUACCGAAGGUCAACACCUGCUCUCAACCUUGCAAAGCGCCUUCACAAAGGCCAUAGACACAGCGCUACCGGAGCAACAGGAUCAACUGACAUUGGACAUGACCGACCUCCUUACCACCUGGGAACAACUGAGCAUCGACUUGAAAACCGUUCAGACCCAGCUGAAAUCGCUGUUGCAUCGCUGGGACGAUCACGCGGAUGCUCAUGGGAAACUGGAACGCUGGCUGGAAGAAACCGAGAACAGUAUCAAGGCGCUGCCUGACACGAAGGGUGAGUUUGGAGAUAUGAAAACGAUGCUGGAACGCUACAAGCAUAUCCAGGAAGAAGUUCGCGGCAAGAAGACCGAUCUGGACCACCUGAUGGAAGAGGCCAGCGAACUGUCCAAUCUGGCGAAGAAGAACACGCCUCUGGAAGGGACGAAAGAGUUGCUGAAACGUUGGAACAACUUGAACGAGAACGUGGAUGAAAGGAAGAGGCUGAUCGAGCACGAAAUCCAGGAGUACAACGCUUACCACGCUGGUCUGCAGGACACCGAGAAGUGGCUGCUGCUGAUUUCCUUCCAAUUAAUGGCUCACAAUUCGUUGUACAUCACGAACAAAGAACAGACUAUGUCACAGAUUAAGCAACACGAGACUCUGCUCGCAGACAUCGAGAAUUACACGACCGUACUGGAGGAACUGAAGUUGAAAGGAAACGGACAGAUCAAUCGUUACGUGGCUGCCAAUCCCUCGAUCAAGACAGUGAUCGAGACGCAACUGCAAAAUGUCCAGGAGAGUUACAACUCUUUGCUGAACACAGCGUUGCAGAUUAAAAAACGACUGGCUGAGUCGUUGGUGAAGUUCCAGGAAUACGAGAACACCUUGGAAAGUAUCAUGAAGAACCUGGACGAGUACGAGCCGAAGAUAGCGCAGGAGAUGGAGGCACCUAUAGAUACUCUCGAUCUGGCUCAGCAGAGGUUCGAAAACGCGCGUGUGUUGCAUAAUAAGUUGCAGGCUGAUAAGACGAGGCUUGCUCUGGCUGUCGAAGCUUGCGAAGCUGCGGUAGCCUGCGUCUCUAGACCCGGAAGUCCUCUGGACGCGCCACCUGUGCAGAUCCCAGCUAGGGAAGUGGAGGUUCGAAACAAACUGGAGGAACUGAUCGAUCAGGCACAGACACACCUAAUGAACGUGACCAAGACCCUAAACGACCUGAAAGAGCAAACCCGUCAGAAGGACGCUCUCCGCGCUUGGAUAUCCGAGCAAAGAGCAGUGUGCGCCGAAUGGAAGUUCAGAGCGCCAAAACUGAGAUCUGAGGCUGCUCAUGCUGAACUACAAGCAAUGAACGAUUUGCUAGGGAAUAUCGGAGAACGUCGAACAUACGCGUUGACCGAAUUAUCGCUCAACGACAACGAUCAGGACAUCAUACAGGAAUUGGAUAAACUGGAAUCCGAGCUGAUGGACGCUAUUUCCAGAAAACAGGCGGCGCAAGACUUGAUUCAGAAGUACAGGACACAGGUGCAGAGUAUUCAGUCUUGGUUAGACGCGCUGUCGAAGAAGGUGGACGUUAUCGAGAAAGGAAACGGGCAAACUAUCGGGCAGAAGAUAGCGAGCGUGAAAGAGAUCACGACCGAGUUCGAGUCCCAGGGCCCCGAGAAGUUGAACGAGGUGAAGAGCCUCAGCGAACAGGUGAUGUACUCGGUGAACAAUUUGGACUCGCAGCAGAUCGAAGAGCAGAUCAAGUCGGUGGAGAGACGAUACGCCGAUAUAGGGAAGAAACUGCAGAGGAAGGCACAGGUGUUGGAUAUGACUGCUCAAGGCAUCGAGGCUACUAGACAGGAAAUCGAGGAGAAUCGAGAUUGGAUUCAGCAGAAGAAGCAGCAAGCACAGGUCCCCGAUCCGGUUGGAUUCGAUAGUAAGCAGGCAGAAGAGAAACUCCUUGCUCUGAAGGCAAUGCUGAAGGAAGCAGAGGGUAAGCAAAUGGUGAUCGACACCCUGGAGAAACGAGUGGGGAACAUGCAGAACGAGCUGGAGACCAACGAGCAGCAGCAACUGGAGAACGAAACGAAAGCACUGCGAGGUGAACAAGCUCAACUUUGCAGCAUCCUGACAGAGGGAAUCUCCAAUGCCACAGCUGCAGCUGACGCUCGCCGCAAGUUCGAGGCGGACCUCGAACGGGCACGUACCUGGAUCAAGUCGAAGAGCAACAACCUGAAGAAACUGAGCGGUUAUCUACCCCUCAAGGCCUCGAAAGUCGAACAGGAUAUCGCGCAACACGGUCAACUGGAAGCCGACAUCGACACCUUCAGUGAGAAGGACCUGAACGACACUCUGAAGCAGGGACACAAUUUGCUGAAGGAAUGCAACGAGGAGGAUCGCGCAAAGUUGGACAAGAUUUUGGACGAGUUGAACAAGGACUAUGAAGAGCUGAAGAGCGAGGCGCAAGAGAAGCAGGCGGCUCUAGCAGACCUUCUUCAGGGUCGAAAGGCGUUCGAGAACGAGAUGGACAAGUGUCAGAGAUGGAUCAACGAAGCUGAAGUGGCUACGUCUGCUGAUCUACGAACUACCAGCAUCGAUAUUCUGCGGGAGCAAUUGGCCAAGUACGACCGUCUGAAGAAAGAAGCAAAGGACUAUGCAGACGACAUCGAGAAGCUAAUGCAGCAGGGAAAAUCGAUCUUCCCGACUGUCAGCGACGCAGACAAACUGGAACUGAACGAGCAGCUGCAGAACAUGAAGGAAGCUCACGGAAGAGUGGCUGGGAUCAUAAACGAGAGAGCCCUGGCUCUUCAGAAGAGCAUCGACGAAGCCGAGGAAUCAUUGGCACGAGUCGCCGAGGCGGUUCAGUACAUGACAGACGUUCAGAAGGAACUUCACGAACUUAACAAGCCAAUCGGGUCCCGCGUGGAAGACGUCGAAGCCAUGUUAGACUCCUACGAGAGGAUCCUAAAUGAUCUAACAGCGAACAAGGCGAAACUAUCCGACCUGCAAUCGGUGAACGUGGCUGACCUCCACGGGGUACUGACUCAGCAGGAUGACCUCAUAAAAGCCAUAGAGUCCCAAAUCGCGAAACUUCGCCAGUUGCUUCUGUUACGACAGCAAUUUAUCGCUCUGAUCACCGAGAUCACCACCUUCAUCGCUAAGUACACGGAGAUCAUUCGAGACAUCGAGAACUCUGGCCAGACCACGGAAGAAAAGAUAAAGAGAUACGACGACGCCAUCUUGAAGAUCCAGGAAUGCGAAGCAACCCUCGCCAGCGCAACGGACAAGGGCCAGCAGAUCGCAACCGAAGGCUCCAGCGUAGACAGGAACAACAUCACCGAGCAACUACAGUCCCUGAAACAACAGCUACAGGGUCUAAGAAGGGCCGUGGAGAACCAACGAGAGCAGCACGAGCUAGCAGCUGCGGAACACAAGAGACUAGCAAACGAACUGGCCGAGAUUCUCGACUGGUUGGAGGACAAGGAAAAAGAAGUGAAAUCCAGGCCUCUCCUAGAGAGAGACCCAACGAGCGUGGAGGCCGAGCUGAAAAAUCACAACGAACUCUGCGAGGCUGUGAACGAACACCUGGAGAGGAUCAAGAACCUGAAGAACUCUGUGCCUCACGAAGAAGGAAUGCCUGGCUCGUUGAAGGAAAUGCUCAGCGAGGCCAUGUCUCUCUUGACGUCUCUGCCAAGAGAAAUGGAAGAACGCGGGAAUUACCUGGAGAGUAACAUGAAACUCAGGCAGGAAUAUGCUGCUCUCACCGAGAAGCUCAGAAACUGGGUUCGCGAAGCAGAGAUUCGGUUGGAAAGCGACAAAGAUGGACUCGAUUUUGAGAAUAUCCUCAGCGAUCUCGAGGAACACAAGAUUUACUUCAGCAGCGAGGCGUCCAUCCGCGAGCUGGUGUCUCAGCAGAUCCAACAAGCAGGUGACAAGAUUUGGCCGUCCCUGAACACGUCCGAGCAAGAGGAGCUGAGCGCGGAACAGCAGCAGCACACUCAGUUACUGAAGAACACUCUGAACACGGCGAAAUCUCAGCGUGCAAGGCUGGAACAAGGUGCCGAGACCUGGAAGGACUACACGCAAACGUUGGAACGAGUUCGAGCUGUCAUCGCGAGAAGCAGAUUCACCGAUGAGCCCGUCACGACUCUGGCUGGUCUGCAGUUUAAUAUCCAGAAGAUCACGCACGCGCUCAAUGACAUACAGGAUCAACAUUUCGAACUGGACCUUCUGAAUGAACGCAGUCGAGAGGUGCUACGAUUGGCCGACGCGAAUAACAAGAAAACGAUAGAAUCGCAAAUCUCUGAAAUUAGCGGGGAAUGGAAAGAACUGGUUUCCGGUCUGGAGGGACGCCGAGACGCCCUCGAGGCGCUGUCCAAGCACUGGGAAGGCCUCGAGGCGCAAUGGUCUCUCAUUGAGACGCGCGUGAACGCUAUCGAGGAGAAGGGAAAACUUCUGGACACUGUGCUUCGGUCUAAGCAACAUCUACAGGACAUCAUCAAAGCUCUACAUGAGCUGGUAGCGGAAGCCGAGAAGUUGGAACCAAUGGCAACGGAAGUGAAAGCUCUGUCAGGUCCCGUCCUAGCGUACCUGGCAGCCUUCACAGAGGAACCAGCACACGCACUCGAAGAGAAGCUAAACAAGUUGCAGAGUUCCGUCGAAUCGCUCAUCGACUCCUUGCAGACGAAAUCCAAGAAGGCGGACGAAGACUUGGAGGCGUUCGAAGGCACCGAGCGUGAGAUCGAGCAGCUGAGGAAGCGUCUGAACGAGGCGCGCGAUCGCGCCUCGAGCCUCUACGUAUUCGGGCCGGAUCAGGACGCGACCGAGGAGGAGCUUGACGAGCUUCGCUCGGCUGUCGAGCAGCUCCUCGACAGCGCGAAAAAGUUCUCAGGAAGCACUAAGGCGCGGUACCAAGCUAGCCAGCAGCUGGUCCCCAGCGAUCUUGCUCAGCACCUCACGGCUCUUGAACUCUGCGCCGAAGCAACUGCACAGGCGAUGGAGGAGAAACAGAGGGAACAGAAACGGGCCAGAACCGUCAGGUCGGAUUACCUGACCGACCUCGACGAGGUUCAAGCGUGGAUCAGACAGGCCGAGUUGAAGGUACAGGACAGGUCCAUCGAACCUGUCCCUCUGAAGGAGCAGUUGAAGCAGGUGCAAGACGAGCUGGGCACGAUCGGCGACAAGCUCGAACGACUAACGAGAAACGGCCGUACCAUUGCGGAGAACACGAGAGACGAAACGGAGAAGCAGUUGAUCGACAGCACCGUUCACAAUGUCACCGAGCAGUUGAACCAAGUGAGGAAUUGGCUGGACGAGAGGAAGCAAGUGCUGGCUGACACGAUCGACGCAUGGCAGAGAUUCUUGACGUUGUACGAGGCCGUGAAGGCGUGGACCGAAGAGAAGAGACAGUUCCUAGUUGAGCCAUUGAAGCUCAGCACCCUCGUGCAGGCUAGGCAGAGGCUGCACGAGUAUUCGACAGCCGUAAAAAGCUGCAAACAGAUCAACAAGAAUCUCAGCGACAUGGGUAAGGAGCUCGAGAGUAUCGGUCAGGUGUGCAGCGUGGGCGACUUGCCCGAGAAACUGCUCGAAGCGGAGGAAGCUAAGGUGCAAGUAGAGGGUCAACUGUUGGAAAGGAACGCGCUGCUGCAAGAGACUAGCGAGGAAUGGGAGCAGUGCGAGCGAAAGAUGAAGGAAGUGAAAACGUGGAUCGAGAAAGCGAAACAGAGCCUCGAGUCGCCGCAGAACAAAAAGAAACCGUUGCGAGAUCAGCACAGCAUACGGGAGAAAAUGCUGAGCGAUAUCGCGAUACAGAAAACGAAAAUCAGCAUCUCGAUGGAGAAGCUUCAGGUGCACUUCCGGUCCGGGAUCGGUGGCGAUAGUCGAAUCGGGGAAACGGUUGACGAGCUGUUGGCCGAGCUAGACAGCCUCCACGGCAACGUGAAAGAACAGACCACGGCGUUAGAAGCUUGUUUAGCUCAGAUUGAUCAAUAUCAACAGGAGAUACAACAGAUGAGGCAACAGAUUAUGCAGGUGGAGCAGCAACUGAGGACAGUGCUGAGCCCGACGUACCUGUCCACCGACAAGGAGAAGGCGUUGCAGGAGCAACAGAUCUGUCGCGAGAAGAUCAAGUCGUUGCAGAGCAAAAUCCAGGCGCGUACAGAGAGGUCGAAGAUCCUCGUGCAACGCGGCCGGCCAGACCCGGAACCGUUGGAUCCGUGACCGGUCUAGUCGGUCAGAGACGAUCGAGUUCGUCGCACGACUCUGCGCGAUUCUACGUGGUCACGUUGUGGCAACCAUAGUGUCGUUCCUCGCGUUCGUUUCUUUUCUCACCCGGUGCAGUUCCGUGCGUUCCAUCCGAGGCGAGGUGGACGCCGAUGGGCGGCAAAAUGGCGGAGGAUUCGACCGGCACGGGGAAUCCCUCGGCCGUCUGUCCGUUAUCGACGUUCGUCCUCGUCCGCGAAUGGAGACCGACCGAUUUUUAAUACCUCAGGAUCUUUUUUAGAGAACUUUAUAAAUGUAUGUAUGUACACGUAUAUUGUCUAUAUUAUGCUAUAUCGAGAGAACAUUUUCCUAAACGUGUUGUGCGUCCAGGCAUAGA